AUGGAGAGGAAGCAGGCCGACUACAGCAACCUGGACGAGAGGUACACGAUCCAGGGGGAGAGGUACCAGGGCCAGCAGUACAGCCACAUCUACUACACCCGCCUCCACCACAUGCGCACCCUCCUCCACGCCCUCGUCCCCUCCCGGAAGCCGCACCUCCCCGUCACUACGGUGCUCGGACUCGAAGAGGGAAAAGAUUGUGUGCUUGUUGGGACUUUAUACAAGCACAUGAAACUGAAGCCUUCUAUUCUCGAUGAAUACUCAAAGGAGAGGUCGGCAAUCCCUCUUGUUAAGCCACACAAUUUCAUGCACUCUGACGAUAAUCUUAUUCUGGAAGAUGAAAGUGGAAGAGUUGCACUUGCAGGAGCCAUACCUCCAGCAGCCUAUGUGACUGGAGUUGUAGUAGCUCUUCACGGGAAGGAAACAAGUGCUGGCAACUUUCUUGUUGAAGAUGUCAUGGAGGCUGGUCUUCCUCCUCAAACUGUGUUGCCUAGCAUAAAUGAGGACAAGUAUGUUGUUUUUGUGUCGGGAUUAAGUGUUGGGAGCAGCACAUUCAAUCCUCUGCAGUUCCAACUUCUUAUUGACCAUGUCACUGGGCAUUUGGGUGAUGAGAAUGAGCAAGCCAUAGCAUCAAAGAUAGUUCGUGUUGUGGUUGCUGGAAAUUCAGUACAUAUUGCACCAAGGUUCUUGAAUGGCCAGACAGUAGCUGCAAAAGAUCAACCAAGGAUAGCUGAGCCAAUCAAAGAACUGGAUAUAAUGCUGACUCAGCUGGUGGCAUCAUUACCUGUAGAUAUAAUGCCAGGGUGUAAUGAUCCAGCGAAUUUUGCUUUGCCUCAGCAGCCUUUGCAUAGAUGCCUUUUCUCUGGAGCAUCCACCUACAAUACAUUUUCAUCAUGUCCGAAUCCACAUCAAUUCGAUCUUGACAAUGUCAAGUUUAUUGGAACAUCUGGGCAGAACAUAGAUGACCUCUACAGGUACUCGGAUGCCAAAGAUCGGCUGGAAUUCAUGGAAAGGACAUUGAAAUGGCGCCAUCUUGCUCCGACUGCACCGAACAGCCUAGGAUGUUAUCCAUACACAGACAAGGACCCUUUCCUCAUCGAAACUUGCCCCCAUGUUUACUUUGUCGGGAAUCAAGACAGAUACGAGACUCGAUUGUUGAAAGGAACGGAAAAGCAGCAGGUCAGGCUAAUCAGCAUUCCAAGAUUUUGUGAGAGUGGAAUCGCUGUCAUGGUAUGUACCGGUCAACUUGAGGAACUUGGAAUGCAGCACCUUGAGCUUCUCAACAAGCUUCGACGCCUGACUCUGCUCCAUGCAUGGAGUGCACACAAGAAGGUUCUGUUGUAG